AUGGCUCCUCAUAAGAAAAAGAUCGAGGCGUAUCUCGACUGUGUCUCUCCUUAUAGCUUCCUCGCGUUUUCAUACCUCUCUCAACGCAAACAGGCACUUGAAGACCUGAAUGUCGAAAUCGAAUUUAUCCCAGUAUUCUUAGGUGGGAUUAUGGCGAGUUCGGGUAACAAACCGCCUAUGGCUCUCGCCGCCAAGUCCGCCUACUCGCCGUAUGAUAUUAAGCGAGCGCAGAAGUACUUCGGAUUGAGGUUCAAAGUUCCAGAGUUUUUUCCCUUCCUGUCUUUGUUGCCGCAAAGAUGCCUCACCCUUGUCAAAGAAGCAUAUACGGAACAGUACGACGCCCUGCAUAAAGCAUGUUUCCAGGCCCUGUGGCUCGACCACAAGGAUCUUUCCAAGCCGGAAAACAUGCUUGCAGUCCUGCAGGCUGUCUUCGGCGCCGAGCAAGCGCCCAAAAUUCUGAAAGACUCCCAAGGCCCGGAUGUCAAGAAGAAGUUGAAUGAUGUAACAAAGCAUACUGCGGAGACAUUAGGCGCGUAUGGGUGUCCUUGGUUCUGGGUGCAUGAUGGCAAGGGGAAAGCUGAGCCCUUCUUUGGAAGUGACAGAUUUCACUACAUGUGGGAUUUUCUAGAUCUCCCGCACCAGGAUCUGGAGCUAGUACCUGCGCCGGCCUUGGGGAAGCUGUGA